AACCCGUUCGAUUGGGGUACAUGGGGAGCUAGUAACGUGCUCCAUUCCAUAGACGUUCAGAAAGUGCUUGAAUUCUACUGAGCUGAAUUGCGGCCCGUUGUCGGUCAUCAGCUGCGUAGGGAUGCCGUGUUCAGCAAAGAUGCUCUUAAGGUGGUUGAUAACUGCAGAUGACGUGGUGCUUGUUAGCCUCCUGAUGACGGGGAAUCUGCUGUAUUGAUCUGUUAGUAGGAGGUAUUGCUGGCCUUUGAAUUCGAACAAGUGAGAACUUAGUCUUUCCCAUGCUCGGUGUGGCGGUUCUGGCUUAUAACUUGGUAAAAUUCUUUUGUUGUUUCAGACAAUGGUCCACAUUACCACAAUACUGGAUUUAUCCUCUAUUUGGCAGAAGUCAGCAAAGCAUUCCAGUUGACCCUUGUCGAAUACGACAACUUUGAGGCCGGUGAGGGGAAAUCAAAGCUGGAUACCCACUUUGCCCACAUCAGUCAUAAGAUUGUUAGAUGGGUUAGAGUGGGUAACAACUUGGAAACAGGAAGUCAGUUGGGAGAACUGAUUGGGUCAAUGAAGAAUGUCACCUGUAGAAAACUUCUCAAUGACAGAAGCAAGGCACCAGAGAAGCUAGGAACGCUCAAAGAUAUCUCGCUCUUUGGGAGCUACGAAUUUUCAACUUCUGGCCCAAACACUGGAGGAGUUGUAGCCCGUUCACUGGCAGGCAUUGGAAACGAAUCUAAAAAAAGCGAACAACAGCUAAAAAGUCUAGCCAACCGUAGAAGUGCUAUCGCAGGUGCAACAGGUGCUGUGACGUCUGAAGAAUUCUUAAUCUUCAGGGAACAUCUGGUACAUGUAUGAGUUGGAAUGGGAGUCAGGAGGUAUACAGUGUCCGAUUCGUCCAACAUGAGAUGGAGCAUCAACGGAGCUCAGAUUCUUCUGAGAUGGUUGCCCCUGACCAGCUUAAGGAGAACGUCCUAAAACCAGGCUUUGCACUAAAAAGUGGUGGAAAACAGUGUUUUCGCUUCAGCAGAAGGAGGUUAUGAUGGAAUUUUAUAACCGGCAGGCGAACUAUGGGAUGAGGGCAGACCCUGUGGAGUGCAUUUCAGAGAGAGGCCUGGAGCCGCUCAAGGAAGCGCAGAUUAAGAGCUGGUGGAGCACAUACCACCAAAAGAGGAAACGAGAAAUGGAGAGUAUGGCUGCAGACAUCCAAAACCUUCACAGAGCACCACCAACUGGAAAUGCCAAUCUAUCAGCUCCUCCUUCAGCACCCAGACAGACAUACCCCUCUGGUUCUGCAAACCCUGCAACAGCUUCAUCUUCAUAUCCAGCAUCAGCAUCUACCCCAGUACCAACAGCAGCAGUACCCACUGCACCUGUACCUGCACCUGUAUCUGUACCUGCACCAUCAUCCGUGCCUGCACCUCCAUCUGUAUCUACAACUACAACCGUACCUGCACCUGCCCCCACAACCUCAUCACCUGUAGGACCCAACUCUUCAUCAGCACCUGUCCCAACACCUUUAAUGACACCUGUGACUGGAACUAAUGUUGGAUGUGGCAUCAAUGAGUCGUUGUUUCCGGGAAAUGUCAGUCAGUCAACCAUUGACGGCAGAAAUGGUGGCAAUGCAUGCACUUUCAUUGCUCUUUUCUUUGGCUACAUUUACUGCCACUCCAGUUUACCUACACCCCCUGUUGGACAACCCCUCACACGACAAUGGGAGGGAGCAGUAAUAGAAGCAAUCAGGACUGGAAAUGAUAUCCACGACGAGUUGUUUGGAGGUGAGGGGAUUAAUGUUGCUGUGGAUGAUGCCAUUGAUGCAGCUGGUGAUCAUUGCCACGUUUGUGGAAUUUUGCAUGAGUACAAUGUGUUUGGUGUGAAUCCACUGGAUCAGUUUGCUGCGGUUAUAGACUUGAUUCUUCAGCAGAAACAGUCAUGCCAUUUGUUAACAGCUAAUGAAAAGACAAUGUUGAUCGUUGUGGACGGUAGUGGGAGUAUAAUUUUUAUUGACUCUCAUAUUCAUGGUCGUAAUGGAGCAUUGGUUGCUCGAAUUGACGCUUAUAAGGGCAAUCAGGCAAAAUCGUUUUCAGCUUGGGUUGAUCAAACGCUAAGCAGAAAUUAUGGCGUGGGUCUCUCUAUUUGCUCUCUGACCACAGUUAGCUACUUAUGAGCAAAAGAAAAUCUGGAUACUAUUGUAGCCAGACCCCAUAAAAAUGUUUGUUUUCACAAUAAUUCAUGCAAACAAGUAUGGAUACCUGUUGUAUCCCCGACAUAAAAUUGAACUGAAACAUACCCAUACAGGGGUUAAAUUUUGUUACAGUUAUAUUUCGCGUUUUCACCACGGGAAAAUGUAAAUCUGUAUGUAAAAGUACUUUACAGAGUAUAGCAUAUUUUUUUUGUAGGAAAUCUUUGUAAACUGUUGUAAAAUACUAUUGUACCACUGAGGCUAGUGACUAAUGGUAGAAAUUGUACACCUGUCACAGGUGUAAGAGCUGCAAAAAUUGCUACCAAGAGAAUUGAAUCAUCUCUGUGUUGCUUCCUAGGGUAGUUUCCCAUUGAGUCAAAAAGGUCUUAGGUUUUUGUCAUUGUUGUAACAGUUAAAUGGCCAUGGAAAUGAAAAAAUAUAUGGCAUUGU